AGAAUUGGUUCGAUCAAAAGCCAAACCCUCCUCCGUUCUCUUUCAUCAAAACCACACGCCAGCCGUUCCAUGUGCGUACUCUGCAAAACACGCAAGAGAGCUGGAAAAUGUCGACGAGGUCAAAUUUCUACAAGAACCCUUCGAUUUCUUACAAGAAGGACCUCAGUCUUUCCUCCGUUCUUCAAAACCUCCAAGCUUACAACGUCGUCACCGGCGAUGUUCCGCCGCUUCAACAUCUGCCGGCCGGUGAUGGCGAAACUACAUGUCGCAAACGCCGUCGUGAUCCGAAACCAAAACCAAAACCGCCUCCCCCUCGCCGUCAGAACCGCGAAAUCGAGGAGAAAGACGCACCUAUGUCGCACCAGGAUUACAUAGACAGGAGAAGAAAAGAAGUUUGUACAUCGCAGAAUUACGAGGAAUUAACUUGUGAAGUUUUGGGAAAGCCGGGAACUUCGAAGUCGUGCUUAAGUUUGGUGCAAUAUGAUAGUGAUGAAAGUACGUCUUCAGAAUGUGAAGCUAUGCUUCCAUCAGGUCACUUAAAUGAAUCUGAUCAAGUAAAAAGCAGAAUUGAACAGCGUUUCCCUAAUCCAGGAGAACCUAUUUGUGUCAUGUGUGGUAAAUACGGAGAAUAUAUAUGCAAUGAGACUGAUGAUGAUAUCUGCAGCAUGGAGUGCAAAGCUGAUCUGUUGCAAGCUCUUAAAGUUGUGAAGGACCCCUUGAGCAAUCAAAGACCAGAUGUCUCAUCUGGACCCAAAUGUACCUUACCGAUGCAUGAUUUUGGGGACACUUGGGAUUAUGAACGCCAUUGCUGGUCCAAGAAGAGUUCCAUUCUUUCUACUUAUGAUUGUUGGAAAUGUAGAAGGCCUGGACACCUUGCUGAAGAUUGUUUGGUGGUGAAAAGUAACGAGGUGACUUUGGGCCACAGCAAAGCCAAUUCAAUACCCCCAGACCUUCUUGCAUUAUACAGAAGAUGCCACCAGAUGGGCAAAAACAUAUCGGCUUCAAAGUGCAAUGAAUGCUACAACUCGCUAAGUUUGGCCACUUGCCUUCAUUGUAGGAUUGCCCUCUGUGACAAUGCAGGUCAUUUGAAUGAGCAUAUACAGACACAUCCAUCCCAUCGACAAUAUUAUUCUCAUAAACUCUCUCGUCUGGUGAAAUGCUGUAAAUCAACAUGCCAGGUGACUGAUAUCAGGGAUCUUUUGAUAUGCCAGUACUGUUUUGAUAAAGCUUUUGAUAAGUUCUAUGACAUGUAUACUGCAACUUGGAAAGGCACUGGGCUUUCAAUCAUAUCGGGAUCUAUUUGCUGCGAAGAUCACUUUGAUUGGCAUAGUAUGAACUGUAUGAAUGCUAAUGUGGGAGAGAGUGGAUAUAUUAUCAGUAGGAAUUCCCAGAAAGGCAAACGUAUUCAGCUUAGCGACUUCAUUUUCUGAGGGGGGUAAUACUUGUAAAACUGUGGCAGAAGUAGAGUCCACAUUCUAAUUGGUGCAAGCAAGUAUGUCCCUUGAAUAUGCCAUGACAGUUUUAAGAGGGCCAUUAUCUACAAUAGAGAACCUUACACGAAUUGCAAGGUAAGCGUCUCAACUUCAAUGAGCAGCACAACUUCUUGCAUCCAGAACCCGACUGAUAUAGCGAUAUGGAAGGUUGAGAUUGUUGCGAGGUAAGCACAUUGUACCGAUUCUAAGUGAUGCAGAGACACCGGUUAAGCCUUGCAAGUACAUGAUGUGGUCAGCUGAUUAGAAUUUAUUCGAGAUUUUUGUUUCCACGUUACAUGUUUACAUACACACAUUUCCCGUAUGUAGGAUGUGCGUAUGUUCAUGUAACCAUCUGAUUCUUGUAUUAACCACCCACAUACGUUGUGUUGCAGAUUCACAUUUUAUUGUGCACAAGUAAAAACGAAAUCAUCAAAUUACCGAAUUCGUGAA